UGGGCGCCGCCUGAGCCGGAGGAUGGAGGUCGAGGCCGCCCGCGGAGCCGCAGCACACACUUACCCUGUGGAUAUUUUGGAAGAUGAUCCUGAGGGACAUCAGGAAGCAACUCUGGCUUAUUAUGCCUCACUUGGUGAAGGAGCUCAGACCUCAUCAGAGAUUUUCUCUCUUUCCAUGGGGGAGCAGGUUAAACUUGAAACUUCGUCCCUUUGCUUUUGCUCUCUGCACAAUGAUGAACCUCACCAUAAAAUACUGGUUUUGGUUAAUCCCCAGGACACAAAGACAGUUGUGGCUGUUUACCUAAAGGAAUCCUGGUGGUCCACAGAAGAUGUUCUAAGAACCUCUGAUCCCACAAGAGAAGGUCUCAUGAAGGUUCAGUCCUUUGGGGAAAGGAUUGUACUUUUCGUUCUAAAUGUCAUUAUUUUUGGAAGACUGGAGAGAAGUUUGGAUGAUGAUGACAUGUUUUUUUUGCCUCAUUCUGUGAAGGAGCGAGCAAAAAUUCUGUGGAGAAACGGAGCAGCUGUUGGAUUUUACACAACCAAAGUGAAAGGCAGCUCGUGUGGUGAUGGAACUGGUGCAUGCUCUCUGUUGCCUGUCUUUGAUACUGUGUUUGUCAGGAGGAAACAUCGUCGCCAAGGUCUAGGGACAGCCAUGCUGCAGGACUUCUGUGAGACUUUCCAAGAAGAUGAUGCUCUGGGGCUCAGUUGCCCAAUUUCUUCUGCCAUGUACCAAGUCUGUAGGCAGUUCCUGUUGGCCCAUCCAGAGGAGCGAGGCCGCUUGUGGGAGGUGGAGACCCUGGGGGCCCGGGGCCAGCGUGUCAACAUCUGGCUCAAGGUUCAGCAGCAGGCAAGACUUCCAGACGGGAGGGCAGUGCGCCCUGGAAAUUCCAAGGAGGACCUGAGUGAUCUUGGGCAGACUUCUCCGGAUGACAGACCCACAGAGCUUGCUGAUGGAGAAGUCCACCAGGAGCAGAUCUGUGGCGAAGAACUGGAAAAUGUGAAGAAUGAUCAAGAUUGUGCAGUGAAUGAAGAGGAAGUUGGACUACCCAUGAGGCCUUGCUGGGCUGAGCUGGAAGGGAAGGAAGAUCAGAGGACAGUGGCGGUCACCGGGUUGGUGGGGAAGCUGUGGCAGAAACAUGUGCUGCCCAGCUCCUGACUCCUUCAGAGGCUUGACUUGCUCCCCAGGAUCCAGGCCCGAGAGCCAUGUGGCUCUCAGCUAGCCUCUUGUCCUUGAGUCGGUGGCCACAGGGCCUGCCUACCCCAGGCUUCCAGGGUGUGCUCCAGGACAGGAAACUGAGAAGGUGCUCCAUUAAGCAUGGAGUACUUUACAGAGUUGUGGAAAUAUUUUCCCAAUUGCUGGUAGUUCUAAAAGAUUUCAGAAGAUUAUUGGUUGAACCUAACACGAUUUCUACACCUCAGGGUAAAUUUGUGAGGCUGCAUUGGAACCAAGUGAAGAUCUCCCCCACUUAGUGGAAGUCAGCUCAGGGAGGGGCCAUGUUGUCCCCCUUCUUGCUGUAGAAAUCCUUUUCAGGUUCAGCCCUAUUGGGACCAUGAGACCAUGGACACCAGAGGUUUCCUGAGCCUUUGGUGACUUAAGAGCUCCCUGAGGGCAGGACGUGGCCAGGAUUGUACCCACCAAGCGCCUCAUGCCUAUCUUGGCCCAUGUACAGGAGGGCUUGGAGUGGGUUCUACGUGGGUAUCUGCCAUCACCUAACUUAGAUGGGAAGCCACUCAGCAGCAUUUUGGGCUGAUGGCCCCUCUGACAUAUGAGUGGUCCCCAGUGGAAAGGCUUGUGGUAGUAAAAGUCACUAGGAGUAAAGGCCUGACCCAUAUGGACUUUAACUUCCCCCUUCUCAAAAAGCUCCAGAGCCUACUUAAUGGCCUGUGCCUGGCCAUGCAAGGGACACAGAGCCCAGCCAAGAUCUGCCUCAGGCCUUUUAAGAUCAGCCGAAUGUCUCCAGUGCUGCCUGCUUUUCAGGAUCCAGGAUGAGGAUGCUGCUGGGACCCUACCGCCUGCUGCCUGGGAACUGGGGUGGUGGAGCUUUCUCAGCCAUUGGGCCCAGCCGUGCUGAUGCACAGUCGGGGUUUUCCUGGGGAAAGCUGGCAGGCUUCCCUGAUGAAAUAGGAGUUUCUCCCCUUUUGCUUGCAGGUGGGGUCUGCAUUAGUUGCAGGCCUCUGCAGCUGAGAAACAUGUGUCAACUCUUAAUGGUAGCUCUGACCUCCAGUGUUGCAGCAGACCCCAACAGCUCACCACCAUCUUCUUCCUGGGUUCUUCUGAAUUUGAAGAGUGAAGUCCAUAGAUGAGGAAGAGUGAAUGCAAGAGUAGGAUUUAUUCAAGUGUAAAUAGAGACAGAACUCCUGCAGGGUGAGAGGGAACCCAAGAGAGGUCGCUACUUGAGUGUGCUAGUCUAGGGGUUUAUAUAGCACUUGGAUAACUCUGUUGGUCCAAAUUUUUGCUCCUCAGGUUUUGGAAAAGUACUGAUGCUACUUGCCAAACCAUGAGUCUAAACUCCCAUUAAGGUCUUCCCCACUUCCAUUUUCUCACCUAUUGCCUGCAAUGUCAGCAUCCUAGGAAGUGGAUCAUGGAUGCUUGGGUGGUUCAGAGCUGGCCCUGUGUGGAGCCACUGUGGGAUCCAUAGGCUGGUGCACCCUGGCUUGCUGAGCCUCGGGCCUAUGAUGGAAGAAGGGCUCUGGGUGACUUUGGCCAGUGCUCCCAGCCCAUGCUCCUGCCCAUAGGCCAGCACUCUGCAGCUCCAUUGCUGCUUCUCUGUGGGGAUUAGUGGGCUUGCUGUGUGGCUCGGCAGCCAGGGAGCCAUAUCACUGAGGCAGACAGCCCACAUUCAGCCCCUACUUCUAGGUGAAUGCAGAUCUGAUCACGUUGCUGAAGGUCCCCCAAACCCCUCAGUGGCUUAUGGCCUUUGAGGACCAAGGGCCCUGUUGCCAUGGCCCAGCUUGUUGUACUCCUUGCCCUUUGUGUCCUGGCUGACUAGGAUGGAGGAUCUCAGCUGUCCCUCUCUGGGGCUUACACACAUGCCACCAUGCCACUCACUGCCUUGGGCAUUCUCUCUCAGGGAUUUGAUGAAGUUAUUGUUCAAUAAAAAUAUCUCAGGGAAGAAAACCUCUCUCUCUCUCUCUCUCUCUCUCUCACACACACACACACACACACACACACACACACACAGCAGGUCAGGCAGAUUGAUUCUUACCCAUAUGUCUGUUCUCAGCUCAGGUGUUCCUCCUGUCCUCCUUCUCCUUUCCUUCUCCAGUGACAGAGCCAUGAGCUGAUGCCUCUCCAAUUAUAUAUCACAUCCCACUGUUGCUCCAAGAGCCUCCAUCAGGGUCAGCCCUGGUCUUUCUGGUUGCCAUUGUGCCCCUAGUGCCAUCACAGAGCACAGCUGGCACAGUUACUGGGCAUGGCUCUGUACAACAGGCUUGUAUCUUUCUCAUGAUGUAAUUGAGGCUCUUCCUGGAGCCUCAAACCUUGGGGUGGUGAGGAGACCAGCAGUAGUCCCUAGUUCUAGAAAUGUACCUGUGGUUAAGUGGUCAAAGGACACAUGUGUUGGGUCCUCUGUUACUUAUAUUUUUAUCCUAGGAAUACAGCUGUCCAUUCAUAUGUCUGUCUAUAUGUCCAUCUAUCCAUCCAGCUACCCUUUUUACCUCCCUUUCUCUACUUACCUCCCCAACUAUGUAUCACCUAAUCUGUAUCUCCCCAUUGAUUCAUCUCUCCAUCCAUCUAUCCAUCUGUCCACCCAUCCACUCAUAUUCAGCUUCCAUCCAUUCAUCUGCCCUCCCUCCCUCCUUCCUUUCAUUUAUUUCUCCAUUCAUCCACCCAACUCUCCAUUCACCCUUCUAUCUGUCCAUCCAUCCAUCCAUCUAUCCUAUCAUACAACAGCAUUCUCGGGGGUAAGUUCUGUGCUGCACCCUGGGAAUAUAAGUGAAGCAUGAUUACUGACCUCAGGAAACUGUUCUCUCCAGGGAGAUUUCUUCUGGAGUGUCCACUGGAGUUUGAAUCUCCAGUUAAAAAAAAAGAGGGAAGAGUCCAAUUGAAUAGAAGUAGAGCUUAGAAUUCUGUAUGAAGAAAUCACAAAGCCCUAUACCCUUGCUCUUUGUGCCUGGUUUCUCUGCAAAGGAGGCUCAGACCACAGAAAUGGACUGGCGUCUGCAGUCGGGCGACACUGUGUAUGUGCUUCUGGAAUGUACCCUUUAACAUGGUGUGGGUGCUGUGAACACUGUGCUGUUUGCAAUGCAUGGUUGUUGUUUUCUCUUUACUUGAAAAUGCUUGGAUAAAAGUAUCUCAGGGAUUUGAUGAAGUUAUUGUUCAAUAAAAAUA